UAGCAACCAAUACUAUUCAUUCUCAUGACAGCUCGGCGUCCUUGUCGAGACCUUUUUUUUUUUUACUUUUAAGAACUUUUAUAAAGAUAACAUUUUUCUUAGAUGAGCGAUCAUGGAUGAAGGCUGAUCCACAGGUGACUCAUGGAAGAAAAAGGUAGAAAAUGUCCAGGCAAGUCAAAAAAGUCAGACGCGGAGAGAAACAAACCCACAGAAAUUCACACUGUGCCGUCAUGUGAUCUCUGGAGGCUUCAGGCCCUGCUGGCUAUGAGCGGCCCUGAACAAGAGGUGUUGAGUCACAGUAAAACAGGAAGCAGCAGAUUCCACAGCCCGCACGGUCAAAGGGACAGCUGCAGCGAGGCCUCUGAGCUAGAAAGAUUCAGUAUGACAUACAGAGAGCAGAGAUGUUUCAGCAGCCACCCGCUACACAAAGUCUUCUCAAACAUCCUAGCCUCUCUCGUGAAAAACAAUCUAUGCAGCGACUGGAUCGAUGUGGCGCCGCCCGAGUCGGUCCUGAGAGUUCUGCUUUGCCUGCGACUGCUGAUCAGAGACCCUCAGCAUCAGAAAGUGCUGCAUCGUCUUCAAGGCGUCAGUUCGCUUGCCAAGCACAUGAGCUGUGUGGCUGACAUGUACUUAGCGUGUGACGAGCAAGAGCAAGCCGCACGGUCGCUGGUCGCCAUGACCUACAUGUUCCAGAAGCUGUCAGCCGCUGAAGACCAAAGGGUCUGGGUCAUCGAGAGCGGCGCUCACACGACGCUGGUGAAGCUGCUGUCCACAACCGAUAGCAGCGUGCUGCUGGGAGCCCUCAUCGCACUCACCAGCUUGGCUGAGAGCGCGCAGUGCAGGGACGAGAUCGGGGAGCUGCAGAUUGUCGAGAACCUUCUUGUUAUCCUGCAGGAAUACGACCUGCUGUCCAAGAGGAUGGCUGCAGAGCUGCUGAGGCGUCUCUCGCCAGUGCAGCGUGUCAGAGAUCAGCUGAGGGAGCUGGAGGGCUUGCCGGUGCUGCUCAGCCUGCUGCACACCCCGCACCUCAAGCUGCUGUGGAGCGUCGCCUGGACCCUGGUACAGCUGUGCCAGGACCCCGACGCCAGGGCCGACAUACGGAGCUGGGGGGGUGUGCAGCCGCUGCUCCGGCUGCUCGGCAGUCAAAGACGCUUGGCCUGUGACCGCCUGUCUGUGGAGAGGCUGUCGAGCGCCAACGCCGCUGACCGUGUCCACAAAGGACUUCAUCGAGAGGAGGUCGGCCCCCAGGAUGAAGCCAACGACACAGUGGCCCUGCAGUCAGGUCACACAAUACACAACAACACGAUCUUCGAGCCCGACUGUUGUGGCCUCGCAGGAACCCCUGUCGGCAAGGCACAGCCGACGUUCUGGACCGCACAGUUCGUGGAGGACUUGAAAGCCAGGUUUGUGCGGUCCCAGCCCACAGCAGGUUUGGACCUUCUCCCUCCGCCUCGACCGCCGGUUCCGGCUCUCCGGCUGGCUAGGCCAUCACCGCCUUUGCUCUUCCCUGCUCGGCCGCCGGAAGAUGAGCUGGAGACCCUGAGAGAGAGCAUCAGAGCCGUGGACCAGAACCGGCCCGCACUCAAAGUAAUCAAUAGCUACGCCAUACUGGACCAUCUCGGCACUGGCGCCUUCGGAAGCGUCUUCAAGGUCCGGAAGCAGAGCGGUCAGAAUCUUCUGGCUCUAAAAGAGGUCAACCUCCGCAACCCGGCUUUCGGCAAAGAGAAGAAGUCCAGAGAUAGCAACGUGGAAAAGAUCAUCUUGGAGCUGGCCAUCAUUAAAGAACAGAUGGCACACCCAAAUGUUGUCAAGUACUACAAGACCUUCCUUGAAGACGACAAGCUGUACAUCGUGAUGGAGCUGAUCGAGGGGGUUCCUUUGCUGGAGCGUUGCAACUCACUGAAGGAGAAGCAGCAGCACUUUACGGAGGACCAGAUCUGGAACAUCUUCAUCCAGAUGUGCUUGGCGCUGAGGUACCUUCACAAGGAGAAGCGAAUAGUCCAUCGCGACCUGACGCCCAACAACAUCAUGCUGGGCGAGAAGGACAAAGUCACCAUCACCGACUUUGGCCUGGCCAAACAGAAGCAGGAGAGCUGCAAGCUGACCUCGGUGGUCGGCACCAUCUUGUACUCUUGUCCAGAAGUGGUGAAGAAUGAGCCGUACGGAGAGAAGGCAGACAUCUGGGCUCUGGGCUGCAUUGCCUAUCAGAUGGCCACUUUGGAGCCCCCCUUCUACAGCACCAACAUGUUGUCACUGGCCAACAAGAUUGUUGAAGCCAUCUAUAAGCCUCUAGAAGAAGGAGCUUACUCGGACAGGCUUGAGGACAUGAUCGUAUGGUGUUUGAGUUCAGACGCGGACCAGCGGCCGGACAUUGUGGUGGUGAGUUCCAGGAUCUCCGACCUGAUGAUGAGGCUGAUGGACGGUCUCUACACCUCCCAGAGUGCGCUGGAAAGAAGAGCAGAAAGGCACAGGACGCAAGCACAGAAGUACUUCCUGGACAAGCACAGGAGCAGGGAAAGCUUAAGCCUCUCUGUCCUGCCUGAGGAACAAGACUUCAUGACUGCUGAGCUUCCAAUUGUGUACUUUCCUGCAAGUCCAAACCAGACUGAAAACCACCUCAGUCUAGGUCAAGUCUCUGAGGAGGAUGUGGAGACUCUCAUGACCAGGAACUCUCCGAAAGAACACUACAGUCAGUCGUCCGUCCUUAUGAAUGUUUUAGAUGAAAGCGUUUCACGUUCUUCUCAGUUGAAGUUUACCCUGUUCCAGUCCGGGAGUGACGCCCGGCGACUAAAAGUGGAACUCGGCAAGCUCAUGCAGGCCUCAUCAGAACCCGUGGACUCUGGCUGCGGCAGUCCCUUCCGCCGCGUCCCUGGACACGUCCAUCCCCAGGAAGACUCAGGUGACAGCCUGGGAGGAGGAGUCACGUACCAGCACAUGCAGGGGAUCGUGGAGGAGCUGCUGGAGGACAACGGCUACUACGAAGCCACACGCAGCAGGGAAGCGGAUGUAAGAAGUCGUCCGUAUUCAUCGCCUUAAGUCACAAAUAUUAAUAUUUCAUCAUUGUUGGGCUCCUUUUCCAACCUGCACCGUAGUGAUGUGCGAUACCACUGAUUGACUUUCCGAUCCGAUAUCAAGUACAAUUCAUACCGAUACUUUGUGCAAAUAAACAUACCUAUACAUUAUCUCAAAUAAUAAAACUAUCAGAAAUAUUGAUAUUUUCAGCAAAAAGGUCUGGUAUCGGCGGUAUUGACAUUUCAGUAUUGAUUCACACAUCACUAUUGCGGCAAUAAAUUGUUGGAGCUUUUUACCUUUUAGUUCUCAAAAUGAAAAACAACUUUUCAACAUGUGUUGGUGCCGUAUUAUUCCAAAUUUGUUGAGUUUGAUGUUGUCUUUGAUUCACUUUAUAGAGAAGAAAAGCAGCUAAAAAGUCCGUAUACUGUACAAUAUAUUAGGUACACUUACUCAUACAAGCGCUAUGUCACAAAUAUUGCUCUGUACAACAUCCAUCCAUCCAUCCAUUUACUACCGCUUGUCCCUUUCGGGGUCGCGGGGGGUACUGUAGCCUAUCUCAGCUGCAUUCGGGCAGAAGGCGGGGUACACCCUGGACAAGUCGCCACCUCAUCCCAACACAGAUAGACGGACAACAUUCACACUCACCAUGUUUAUUCUAAAUGGACCAAUAUUGAUAUACAUGUGUUAUUGUGUUUGAAUGUCCAGCUACAUUAGGGUAGUUUUGAACAUACCGACUGAAAACUUGUAAAAAAAAUGUCUGUACAGUUGUAUGUGUUAUUAUUAUUAAAGUAUGACAAGGCCUAAACAAUAUGCUUAAGGUACAAUGAGCCACUAGAGCCAUUCUGUAUUUGGUCAUGCAGUGUCGUAUCAAACCAGCAGAGGGCAGCAUAAUCCGCGCUCCACAACAUUAAAGGGUGCACUUGACCAUACAGCAGAGCUGGGCAUAUUUUUGACUCGGGGGCCACAUUGAGAGAAAAAAAAUGUGUCUGUGUAUAAAUUAUACAUACACAUUUAGCUAUAAAAAUCUGCUGUACAGUAUGUGUGUUUGGGUCCCUUUUUUCCAGGAACACUAAUACCAAAAGUCACAAUGUCAGAUAGAAUUCUAAAAACGUUAUGACAGACCACCUCAAAAAAACGUAAUGGAACGUUACAGUUUUUUACUGAAUGAGACACCCAAAAUGUACAUGAAAAUAAAGAAAGUGUUAUUUACAAUAUUAACUAUGAGAUACAACACUGAAGAUUAACAACUAGGGAUGUCCGAUAAUAUCGGCAUCCCGAUAUUAUCGGACAUAUGCUUUAUGCUUUAAAAUGUAUCAUCGGAAAUUAUCGGUAUCGGUUUCAAAAAGUAAAAUGUAUGACUUUUUAAAACGCCGCUGUACGGAGUGGUACACGGACGUAGGGAGAAGUACAGAGCACCAAUAAACCUUAAAGCCACUGCCUUUGCGUGCCGGCCCAAUCACAUAAUAUCUACAGCUUUUUACACACACAAGUGAAUGCAAACGCAUACUUGGUCAACAGCCAUACAGGUCACACUGAGGGUGGCCGUAUAAACAACUUUAACACUGUUACAAAUAUGCGCCACACUGUGAACCCACACCAAACAAGAAUGACAAACACAUUUCGGGAGAACAUCCGCACCGUAACACAACAUAAACACAACAGGACAAGUACCCAGAACCCCUUGCAGCACUAACUCUUCCGGGACGCUACAAUAUACACCCCCCGCUACCUCAAACCCGCACCCCCCAACCCCACCCACCUCAACCUCCUCAUGCUCUCUCAGGGAGAGCAUGUCCCAAAUUCCAAGCUGCUGUUUUGAGGCAUGUAAAAAAAAAAUAAUGCACUUUGUGACUUCAAUAAUAAAUAUGGCAGUGCCAUGUUGGCAUUUUUUUCCAUAACUUGAAUUGAUUUAUUUUGGAAAAACUUGUUACAUUGUUUAAUGCAUCCAGCGGGGCAUCACAACAAAAUUAGGCCUAAUAAUGUGUUAUUUUCACGACUGUAUAUAUCGGUAUCGGUUGAUAUCGGAAUCGGUAAUUAAGAGUUGGACAAUAUCGGAAUAUCGGCAAAAAAGUAAUUAUCGGACAUCCCUAUUGACAACAUAUGAACUUAUAUCUCAGACCAAGCAAAACACAACAAAAAUAAAAAAAACCAGCAAAAAUAUGAAUGCAAAGUGUAAUAAACACCUACAUAUGAUAUAUUAUCACAUAAAAUCUUGCUUCCGCAUCUGUUUCUGACACACGCGUUUCGGGGCUGGCUGCUCUGAAAACAAACCCCGCACACUAUGCUUUGUUCCUAGUCUGAGGUGCUGUGACGUUGAUUACCGUAAUAACUCCUAUAACACUCAUUGAAAUACUUUCUAUAGUUGAAGACUUACGGUAAUUUCAAAACUGCACAUCAUAAUGACGGCGACAGUUUUGAUGUUAAAGAUCUAAAAAAAAUUAUGUAGUACGUCCGGCGGGCCGGAUUGAAAAUCUUAACGGGCCGUAUUUUGCCCAGGUCUGCCAUACAGGGUAGGCCUGGGUGAUAUAUGGUCUAAAAUUAAAACCUCAGAUUUUCCACCAAAAAUCAAUUCAUGAUUUUUGUUAGGUUUUUUUUUUUUUUUACCUACUUGCUCAAAAAACCCAUCCAUCCAUCCAUUUUCUACCGCUUGUCCUUUUCGGGAUCGCGUGGGGUGCUGGAGCCUAUCUCAGCUGCAUUCGGGCGGAAGGCGGGGUACACCCUGGACAAGUCGCCACCUCAUCGCAGGGCCAACACAGAUAGACAGACAACAUUCAUACUCACAUUCACACACGAGGGCCAAUUUAGUGUUGCCAAUCAACCUAUCCCCAGGUGCAUGUCAUUGGAGGUGGGAGGAAGCCCCCGGAGGGAACCCACACAGUCACGGGGAGAACAUGCAAACAAGCCCGGGAUUGAACUCAGGACUAGAGAUGUCCGAUAAAUGCUUUAAAAUGUAAUAUCGGAAAAUAUCGGUAUCGUUUUUUUUUUUAUUAUCGGUAUCGUUUUUUUAUUUUAUUAAAUCAACAUAAAAAACACAGGAUACACUUACAAUUAGUGCACCAACCCAAAAAACCUCCCUCCCCCAUUUACACUCAUUCACACAAAAGGGUUGUUUUUUUCUGUUAUUAAUAUUCUGGUUCCUACAUUAUAUAUCAAUAUAUAUCAAUACAGUCUGCAAGGGAUACAGUACGUAAGCACACAUGAUUGUGCAUGCUGCUGGUCCACUAAUAGUACUAACCUUUAACAGUUAAUUUUAAUUAAUUACUAGUUUCAAUGUAUCUGUUUUUAUAUUGUUUUACUUUCUUUUUUAUUCAAGAAAAUGUUUUUAAUUUAUUUAUCUUAUUUUAUUUUAUUAAUUUUUAAAAAAAGGACUUUAUCUUCACCACACAUGGUUGUCUAAAUUAGGCAUAAUAAUGAGUUAAUUCCACGACUGUAUAUAUCAUUAUCGGUAUCGGUUGAUAUCGGUAAUUAAAGAGUUGGACAAUAUUGGCAAAAAGCCAUUAUCGGACAUCCCUACUCAGGACCUUCGUAUUGUAAGGCACAUGCACUAACCCCUGGUCCAUCGUGCUGCCCUGCUCAAAAAACAACAACAAUGAAUACAAAUGACAAAAGCUACAUACACUGCAUCUUACUCUUAGCAAAAUUAACAUUUUAAUAAAGGUUUUUUUUUAUUUUUAGAAUCGAUAUAAAUUGGACUUUGUAUAAAAUAUAUAUAUUUGAAACUAAACUAGCUAUUGUAGCUAAUUCUGGCAUGUUUACUGUGAUGCACAUGUUGAUCAAUGCAUUUUUCUAAUCCAGGGGUCGGCAACCCAAAAUGUUGAAAGAGCCAUAUUGGACCAAAAAUACAAAAAACUAAUCUGUCUGGAGCCGCAAAAAAAUUAAAAGCCGUAUAUAAGUCUUGUAAUGAAGGCAACACAUAACCUAAGUGUCUAUACUAGCCUACUAUCGUACUAUGUGUCGCAGACUGAAGCAAAUCUUUGUUGACAGAAAAUGUAAUAUUUAUUCUACACAUUUUUACAACAUUAGAAAACAUUAGUAAAUCAGAGGCUACUCAGAAGGCAAGAUAACUCCUGGAAAUUACUGGCUUUUAAUGGCCAAAGUAUAGAUGUGUGUGUCCAAGUUAAGGCUGUCUUCUUUUAAUAGAUUUAUUACAAUCUUUGGCAAGCUAGGUAAUGUUUGCUGUGGUCUGGAACAACAUGACACACAAACAACUAUCUGAAAAUGCAGCCAAUAUUACAUACAGAUAAUGCAAAUAUAAAUUAUUACAAAGAGGUUAAAAGUAGAGGAUAUUAAAUAAGCUCAAAUACACCUACACAUGAGGCAUAAUGAUGCAAUAUGUACAUACAGCUAGCCUAAAUAGCAUGUUAGCAUUGAUUAGCUUGCAGUCAUGCAGUGACCAAAUAUGCCUGACUCGCACUCCAACAAGUCAGUAACAUCCACAAAGUUCACCUUUGUGCAUUCACGCACAGUAUAAAACGUUUGGUGGACAAAACGAGACAAAGACGGAGUGGAAGAUUUUGCAUGUAAACAAACUGUUGCGUCACAGUCCACAUGAGUGAGUUAAAGAUCCGCCAAAAUUAGUAGGACAAAACGAUGUUCACCAAAUACUCUCAUCAGUGAAGCAUACCGUAUUUUCUUGAAUUGCCGCCGGGUAUAUAUUAUCUGCAUGCCUCGUAUUACCGCCGGGUCAAACUCGUUUCGCAAAAUAAUUAGCGCAUGCUAAGAAUUAGCGCAUGCUUAGAAUUACUGCCGGGUCAAACUUGUUUAGCAAAAUAAUUAGCGCAUGCUUCGUUUUACCGCCGGGUCAAACUCGUUUCGCAGAAUAAUUAGCAUAUGCCUCGUUUUACCGCCGGGUCAAACUCGUCACGUCACGAGUGACACUUCACCUUUCAAGGCAUCAUUUUCCAAAAUGAAGGAGGCUAAUUUCAAUAAUUUAAAAUCGCAUAAAGGGAAGAAGAUAAAGAGCUAUUCAGUAGGGUUUAAGGUCCAAGCUAUUGAAUAUGCUAAAAAGAACAGUAAGCAGCUAUGUUUUAUUAAUAUACCGGUAGCUGCGUGUGUCAAAUAUGAGUCAUUAAAUGACUCCCGCCUCAUGGUGGUAGAGGGCGGUAGUGAUCCCAGGGAGCAUUUUUGCGACUACUCAGCUGCAGAAGAAGUGACAACAAGCAGCAACAGUUAGCAGCGAUCGUUUAUUUUUUUCCUCUCGCUUGCACUUUUAACAUGGAGGAUUACAUAUCUAAAAUAAAACAGUUUUCUAAACUGGACUUUCAA